CAGUUAAGAAGUAUCUAUCCAUCCAUCUACCCCUCAUCAGUCCCCAGACCUGAAUGGGAUCUGGCCCGGCACCACCACCUCCACCAGCUCCACCACCUCCACCGCCUCCACCGUCACCACCGUCACAUUGUCAUUCAUCGGACGGGGACGGAGCCGCGCCUGUCAUCCCAGCCUAUUGUCCAAUCAAGAUGCAAUGUGGCUGUACUUCCUCCGUGUCCCCGCUCUCCUCUCCAUACUGGAGUAGAAUGCUGUUCCCUGACUGGGCGUACAAGCCGGCGUGGUCGCCGGGCUCCAGGCAGGUGCAGCUGUGGCACUUCCUGCUGGAGCUGCUCGGGCGGGGCUCGGGGGGGGCCAUCGGCUGGGGGCAUGAGUGGGGGGAGUUUGUGAUCCGGGACCCCGAGACCCUGGCCCGACUGUGGGGCGAGAGGAAGGGGAAGCCCCACAUGAACUACGACAAGCUGAGCCGGGCUCUGAGGUACUACUACAACAAGAGAAUCCUGCACAAGACCAAAGGCAAACGCUUCACCUACAAGUUUAACUUCAGCAAGCUCGUCCUGGUCAACUACCCUGGCUUCCCAACGUGCCACCAGCUGUUCCCCAGGGUGCCACUCUCCUUCCCCCCCUUCUCCUCGGAGACCGGCUCCCUUCUGUGCGGAGGAGUGGACCUGCCUCUGGACCGAGGCCUUCAGCCAAUGGCGCACCCCUUCUUCCACCCUUACUGCCUGCCUAAGCCAAUCCCGUUUGCCCGUGCCCUCCAAGGCCACGCCUCCCCGCAGUCGGCCCCGCCUCUCCCGUGUGCCCACCUCGUGAGAGAUCUACGUCUGCCCCUGGGCGCCGCGGCAACGGUUCGCGACGACUUUCUGUCGCCGGGCGGCGGCUGGCCUGCCAAGAGCCUCCCGGGACGGGAUCCGAGGAGCUUCGCCAGCGGAGGGAAGGAGAGCGAGGCUUGGAACAAGUGCUUAGGGAGAAGAGCCGAGAAAUGAUUAAAACCAGGAGAUUAUUCAUAUUAUUAUGAGGGGAUGAUUGUGAGACAAUGGGACGGCGAUUCCAAACGACUCCAUGAACAGUGGCCUCCUCUUUAAGAUAUGAAGUGUCCACUUUGGUUUUCUUCUUAGGAUAUUUGUACAGUGUUAUUUUCUCCCCUAUCAAUAAUAUAACAUAACAUUGUGUUUCUCAUUUAAGAGUUGUAUAGGAAUGUUGAGGAGAACGUUUAUCUUUAUAGACCAUAGCUUUUUCAUUAUGUAACAGGGAAUUGCACUUGUAAACAAUUAACAACAUGCACUUGGGUUUGGGUAAAUAAAGCUGUUCUCUCAACUUGAA